AUGUUGAUGGAUUCUAGUGAGGCUGUCCUUGGAGCCAAGUCUCAGCUCAUAAGUCCUGAAAUAACCCCGGCGUCUGGAUGUCUGGACCUCACCUUCCACUACUACCUGUACGGCACCAGCACCACUAUGGAGCUCAGCGUCCACACCAUCACUCCAGGUGGAAGCCUUGGACCUGCUCUCUUCACUGUGAGGGGGAACCAGGGUCAGGGCUGGAAGCCUGCAGAGGCCCAGUACUUGGGAACUGCUGCCAUUCAGUUUGUGAUUGUGGGAACCUUUGGAGAAACUCCUAAGACAGAUAUUGCCGUUGAUGCUGUGUGUGUCAUGGCUUGCAAAGCUCAGCCAACAACUCCUCUACCACCAAUAACAACUCCAACUACACCUAAACCUACAACUCCAGGACCAACUACACCUAAACCUACAACUCCAGGACCAACUACACCUAAACCUACAACUCCUGGACCAACUACAGCCAAGCCACCAAAACCAUGCCCUCCUGAUGCAGAUUAUAUAGAAUGUGGCCCAGCUUGUAUCCCCACCUGUAUGGAACCCUCCACCAACUGUUCUGGCUCCUGUAUCAGUGGCUGCUUCUGCAGACCAGGGUUUGUCUUCAAAGGACGGCACUGUGUGCCAUUGGAGAAAUGUGGCUGUCUGGACGGCCAGAAUAACUAUUAUGAGCCUGGCGAGAUCAUAUUUGGAGAUGGCUGCUCAACGCUGUGUCGCUGUGCAGGGAACUACUCUUUGGAAUGUGUCGAUAACUCCUGUGACCCUACUGAAGAGUGCCGCAAGGUCAAUGGUGUUUCAGGCUGCUAUCCUAAAGGUACCUCCACAUGCGUAGCAUCUGGUGAUCCCCACUACACCACUUUUGACAAACGCAACUACAACUUCAUGGGCAACUGCAGCUACUUGAUGUCUGGACCCUGUAAUAAAACAACUCUGCCAUUCUUUGAGGUCCAUGCCGACAAUGAAAAUCGCUUUAACACGCCCACCAUCUCCUAUGUGAAGGCCGUACAUGUAUAUGUGCGCAUGUUGAAGAUCUCCAUCCUCAAAGGUGGCACUGUGCAGGUGAAUGGGACCAAUGUAAACGUGCCAGUGUCUCCGGCCCCUGGUGUCUCUGUGUUCAAGUCAGGAAAGUUCUACACUGUAUCCAUGGACUUUGGUGUGACUGUUCGUUACGAUGGAAACCAUUUCAUGGACAUCAAAGUGAUCAAAGACUAUGAGAACCAGCUGUGUGGCCUGUGUGGAGAUUACGAUGGAGAUGCCAAAGAUGACUUCCGUAAACCAGAUGGAUCGUUGACCAACAAUGCCAAUGACUUUGGACACAGCUGGAACACCGAUUCAGAGUGUAAUAAGAAACCCAACACCACCAUCCCUGAGUGUGAUGGAGAGCAAGAACUGUAUGAGAGCUCUGGAUACUGUGGCAUCCUGCUGGACAAAAAGGGUCCCUUCGCUGUGUGCCACCCCAAAGUCAAUCCAAAUAAUUACUUCAAGGACUGUGUCUUUGACCUGUGUGCGCUGGAUGGAGCCAAGCCCGUUCUGUGUGAAGCCAUAGAAGCCUACGUCAACGAAUGCCAGGACCGCGGGGUGAACAUCGGACCCUGGAGGAAUAGCACCUUCUGCCCUCUGGACUGCGGCCCAAACAGCCACUAUGAGCCCUGUGCAGACCCCUGUCAGGAGACGUGUACUGGGAAACCUCCCUCCUGCAGUGGGCCCUGCUCUGAAAGCUGUGUGUGUGAUCCUGGCUACGUCCUGAGUGCCGGCAAGUGUGUCAGAAAGAGUUCUUGUGGCUGCAACUACAACGGCCAGUAUUAUGAGCCUGGAGACGAGUUUUAUCAGGCGGACUGUAUGUUGAAGUGUAAGUGCGAUGCUCCCUUCGUUACCUGUGUGGCCUCUGAAUGUCCCCCAAUGCACGAGUGUAAACACCAGGAUGGAGAGCUGGGCUGCUAUCCCACCAGCUCUCAGGACUGUGUGGUGUCUGGAGAUCCUCACUACAACACGUUUGACAAAAAGUUCUACAGCUUCAUGGGAACAUGUACCUACACCCUGGCCAGAACCUGCAAGAACACCACAGGUCCCUGGUUCUCAGUGGAGGGGAAGAAUGAGGAGAGAGGAAUGCCAGGGUUGUCCUACCUGAGAAAGCUCUACGUGACUGUGAAUGGAAUCACUGUGACCCUGAUGAAGGCCAGGAGGACGCUGGUGAACGGACUGCGAGUGUCCCUCCCUCACUCCCCCUCCCCUCUCAUCUCUCUCAGUCUGGCCGGCCAGUACAUCACCCUGCAGACGCCCUUCGGCCUCCGGGUGCGCUGGGAUGGAAACCAUUACGCCCAGAUCUCAGUUCCCAGCUCCUACCACGACCAGAUGUGCGGCCUCUGCGGCGACUACGACGGGAACCCAAACAACGACUUCACCAAGCCAGAUGGCACUCUGGGAGGCAACGUCAACGACUUCGGCAACAGCUGGCAGACAAAAGAAGACGAGGAUGACUCGUGUAGCCAAGGCACUGGGCCCAGCCCAGACUGUGACCCCAAACUGGAGGCUGAGGUGGUGAAGCCAGACAAAUGUGGCAAACUCAAAGACCCUGCUGGACCCUUCAGGGAGUGUAUCGGUGUGGUGAAUCCCACUCCGUUCUUCCAGAGCUGUGUGUAUGACAUGUGCCAGUUCCAAGGCCAGCAGCAUGUGCUGUGUGACCAGCUCCAGGCCUACACCGACGCCUGCCAGAGCGCCGGAGCCAAAGUCCACCCGUGGAGGACUCCAAGCUUCUGUCCCCUGGCCUGUCCUCCCAACAGCUCCUACUCCCUGUGUGUGAGUUCGUGUCCGGAGACGUGUCUGGGUGUGUCCGGGCCCCCCGGCUGCGAGGACUUGUGUGUGGAGGGCUGCGAGUGUAAGCCGGGCUUCAUCCUCAGCAACGACAAGUGUGUGUCCCUGAAAGACUGCGGCUGCGUGGACCCCAGUGGAUCCUAUCACCCUGUGGAUGAUAACUGGUACCUGGAGGGUUGUGAGCAGAAGUGUGUGUGUCACAGCGGAGGUUUGAUCCAGUGUCACAACAGCAGCUGUAAGCCGACCACUGAGAGCUGCCAGCUCCACGACGGAGAAUAUGAAUGUCGUCCUCUGGGACCAACUACACCUAAACCUACAACUCCAGGACCAACUACACCUAAACCUACAACUCCAGGACCAACUACACCUAAACCUACAACUCCAGGACCAACUACACCUAAACCAACAACUCCAGGACCAACUACACCUAAACCUACAACUCCAGGACCAACUACACAUAAACCUACAACUCCAGGACCAACUACACCUAAACCAACAACUCCUGGACCAACUACACCUAAACCUACAACUCCAGGACCAACUACACCUAAACCAACAACUCCUGGACCAACUACACCUAAACCUACAACUCCAGGACCAACCACAGCCAAGCCACCAAAACCAUGCCCUCCUGAUGCAGAUUAUAUAGAAUGUGGCCCAGCUUGUAUCCCCACCUGUAUGGAACCCUCCACCAACUGUUCUGGCUCCUGUAUCAGUGGCUGCUUCUGCAGACCAGGGUUUGUCUUCAAAGGACGGCACUGUGUGCCAUUGGAGAAAUGUGGCUGUCUGGACGGCCAGAAUAACUAUUAUGAGCCUGGCGAGAUCAUAUUUGGAGAUGGCUGCUCAACGCUGUGUCGCUGUGCAGGGAACUACUCUUUGGAAUGUGUCGAUAACUCCUGUGACCCUACUGAAGAGUGCCGCAAGGUCAAUGGUGUUUCAGGCUGCUAUCCUAAAGGUACCUCCACAUGCGUAGCGUCUGGUGAUCCCCACUACACCACUUUUGACAAACGCAACUACAACUUCAUGGGCAACUGCAGCUACUUGAUGUCUGGACCCUGCAAUACAACAACUCUGCCAUUCUUUGAGGUCCAUGCCGACAAUGAACAUCGCUUUAACACGCCCACCAUCUCCUAUGUGAAGGCCGUACAUGUAUAUGUGCGCAUGUUGAAGAUUUCCAUCCUCAAAGGUGGCACUGUGCAGGUGAAUGGGACCAAUGUAAACCUGCCAGUGUCUCCGGCCCCUGGUGUCUCUGUGUUCAAGUCAGGAAAGUUCUACACUGUAUCCAUGGACUUUGGUGUGACUGUUCGUUACGAUGGAAACCACUUCAUGGACAUCAAAGUGAUCAAAGACUAUGAGAACCAGCUGUGUGGCCUGUGUGGAGAUUACGAUGGAGAUGCCAAAGAUGACUUCCGUAAACCAGAUGGAUCGUUGACCGACAAUGCCAAUGACUUUGGACACAGCUGGAACACCGAUUCAGAGUGUAAUAAGAAACCCAACACCACCAUCCCUGAGUGUGAUGGAGAGCAAGAACUGUAUGAGAGCUCUGGAUACUGUGGCAUCCUGCUGGACAAAAAGGGUCCCUUCGCUGUGUGCCACCCCAAAGUCAACCCAAAUAAUUACUUCAAGGACUGUGUCUUUGACCUGUGUGCGCUGGAUGGAGCCAAGCCCGUUCUGUGUGAAGCCAUAGAAGCCUACGUCAACGAAUGCCAGGACCGCGGUGUGAACAUCGGACCCUGGAGGAAUAGCACCUUCUGCCCUCUGGACUGCGGCCCAAACAGCCACUAUGAGCCCUGUGCAGACCCCUGUCAGGAGACGUGUACUGGGAAACCUCCCUCCUGCAGUGGGCCCUGCUCUGAAAGCUGUGUGUGUGAUCCUGGCUACGUCCUGAGUGCCGGCAAGUGUGUCAGAAAGAGUUCUUGUGGCUGCAACUACAACGGCCAGUAUUAUGAGCCUGGAGACGAGUUUUAUCAGGCGGACUGUAUGUUGAAGUGUAAGUGCGAUGCUCCCUUCGUUACCUGUGUGGCCUCUGAAUGUCCCCCAAUGCACGAGUGUAAACACCAGGAUGGAGAGCUGGGCUGCUAUCCCACCAGCUCUCAGGACUGUGUGGUGUCUGGAGAUCCUCACUACAACACGUUUGACAAAAAGUUCUACAGCUUCAUGGGAACAUGUACCUACACCCUGGCCAGAACCUGCAAGAACACCACAGGUCCCUGGUUCUCAGUGGAGGGGAAGAAUGAGGAGAGAGGAAUGCCAGGGUUGUCCUACCUGAGAAAGCUCUACGUGACUGUGAAUGGAAUCACUGUGACCCUGAUGAAGGCCAGGAGGACGCUGGUGAACGGACGGCGAGUGUCCCUCCCUCACUCCCCCUCCCCUCUCAUCUCUCUCAGUCUGGCCGGCCAGUACAUCACCCUGCAGACGCCCUUCGGCCUCCGGGUGCGCUGGGAUGGAAACCAUUACGCCCAGAUCUCAGUUCCCAGCUCCUACCACGACCAGAUGUGCGUGCUGGAAUCUGAGAAUUUCCUUAAGCCUUCCCUGGAGAUUCCCAUAAAGCUCAAGUGUCAGAAUCCAAUAAAGGCACCGGGCCCAGCCUAUAUAGACUGUGACCCCAAACUGGAGGCCGAGGUGGUGAAGCCAGACAAAUGUGGCAAACUCAAAAACCCUGCUGGACCCUUCAGGGAGUGUAUCGGUGUGGUGAAUCCCACUCCGUUCUUCCAGAGCUGUGUGUAUGACAUGUGCCAGUUCCAAGGCCAGCAGCAUGUGCUGUGUGACCAGCUCCAGGCCUACACCGACGCCUGCCAGAGCGCCGGAGCCAAAGUCCACCCGUGGAGGACUCCAAGCUUCUGUCCCCUGGCCUGUCCUCCCAACAGCUCCUACUCCCUGUGUGUGAGUUCGUGUCCGGAGACGUGUCUGGGUGUGUCCGGACCCCCCGGCUGCGAGGACCUGUGUGUGGAGGGCUGCGAGUGUAAGCCGGGCUUCAUCCUCAGCAACGACAAGUGUGUGUCCCUGAAAGACUGCGGCUGCGUGGACCCCAGUGGAUCCUAUCACCCUGUGGAUGAUAACUGGUACCUGGAGGGUUGUGAGCAGAAGUGUGUGUGUCACAGCGGAGGUUUGAUCCAGUGUCACAACAGCAGCUGUAAGCCGACCACUGAGAGCUGCCAGCUCCACGACGGAGAAUAUGAAUGUCGUCCUCUGGGACCAACUACACCUAAACCUACAACUCCAGGACCAACUACACCUAAACCAACAACUCCAGGACCAACUACACCUAAACCUACAACUCCAGGACCAACUACACCUAAACCUACAACUCCAGGACCAACUACACCUAAACCUACAACUCCAGGACCAACUACACCUAAACCAACAACUCCAGGACCAACUACACCUAAACCUACAACUCCAGGACCAACCACAGCCAAGCCACCAAAACCAUGCCCUCCUGAUGCAGAUUAUAUAGAAUGUGGCCCAGCUUGUAUCCCCACCUGUAUGGAACCCUCCACCAACUGUUCUGGCUCCUGUAUCAGUGGCUGCUUCUGCAGACCAGGGUUUGUCUUCAAAGGACGGCACUGUGUGCCAUUGGAGAAAUGUGGCUGUCUGGACGGCCAGAAUAACUAUUAUGAGCCUGGCGAGAUCAUAUUUGGAGAUGGCUGCUCAACGCUGUGUCGCUGUGCAGGGAACUACUCUUUGGAAUGUGUCGAUAACUCCUGUGACCCUACUGAAGAGUGCCGCAAGGUCAAUGGUGUUUCAGGCUGCUAUCCUAAAGGUACCUCCACAUGCGUAGCGUCUGGUGAUCCCCACUACACCACUUUUGACAAACGCAACUACAACUUCAUGGGCAACUGCAGCUACUUGAUGUCUGGACCCUGUAAUACAACAACUCUGCCAUUCUUUGAGGUCCAUGCCGACAAUGAAAAUCGCUUUAACACACCCACCAUCUCCUAUGUGAAGGCCGUACAUGUAUAUGUGCGCAUGUUGAAGAUCUCCAUCCUCAAAGGUGGCACUGUGCAGGUGAAUGGGACCAAUGUAAACGUGCCAGUGUCUCCGGCCCCUGGUGUCUCUGUGUUCAAGUCAGGAAAGUUCUACACUGUAGCCAUGGACUUUGGUGUGACUGUUCGUUACGAUGGAAACCACUUCAUGGACAUCAAAGUGAUCAAAGACUAUGAGAACCAGCUGUGUGGCCUGUGUGGAGAUUACGAUGGAGAUGCCAAAGAUGACUUCCGUAAACCAGAUGGAUCGUUGACCAACAAUGCCAAUGACUUUGGACACAGCUGGAACACCGAUUCAGAGUGUAAUAAGAAACCCAACACCACCAUCCCUGAGUGUGAUGGAGAGCAAGAACUGUAUGAGAGCUCUGGAUACUGUGGCAUCCUGCUGGACAAAAAGGGUCCCUUCGCUGUGUGCCACCCCAAAGUCAACCCAAAUAAUUACUUCAAGGACUGUGUCUUUGACCUGUGUGCGCUGGAUGGAGCCAAGCCCGUUCUGUGUGAAGCCAUAGAAGCCUACGUCAACGAAUGCCAGGACCGCGGGGUGAACAUCGGACCCUGGAGGAAUAGCACCUUCUGCCCUCUGGACUGCGGCCCAAACAGCCACUAUGAGCCCUGUGCAGACCCCUGUCAGGAGACGUGUACUGGGAAACCUCCCUCCUGCAGUGGGCCCUGCUCUGAAAGCUGUGUGUGUGAUCCUGGCUACGUCCUGAGUGCCGGCAAGUGUGUCAGAAAGAGUUCUUGUGGCUGCAACUACAACGGCCAGUAUUAUGAGCCUGGAGACGAGUUUUAUCAGGCGGACUGUAUGUUGAAGUGUAAGUGCGAUGCUCCCUUCGUUACCUGUGUGGCCUCUGAAUGUCCUCCAAUGCACGAGUGUAAACACCAGGAUGGAGAGCUGGGCUGCUAUCCCACCAGCUCUCAGGACUGUGUGGUGUCUGGAGAUCCUCACUACAACACGUUUGACAAAAAGUUCUACAGCUUCAUGGGAACAUGUACCUACACCCUGGCCAGAACCUGCAAGAACACCACAGGUCCCUGGUUCUCAGUGGAGGGGAAGAAUGAGGAGAGAGGAAUGCCAGGGUUGUCCUACCUGAGAAAGCUCUACGUGACUGUGAAUGGAAUCACUGUGACCCUGAUGAAGGCCAGGAGGACGCUGGUGAACGGACUGCGAGUGUCCCUCCCUCACUCCCCCUCCCCUCUCAUCUCUCUCAGUCUGGCCGGCCAGUACAUCACCCUGCAGACGCCCUUCGGCCUCCGGGUGCGCUGGGAUGGAAACCAUUACGCCCAGAUCUCAGUUCCCAGCUCCUACCACGACCAGAUGUGCGGCCUCUGCGGCGACUACGACGGGAACCCAAACAACGACUUCACCAAGCCAGAUGGCACUCUGGGAGGCAACGUCAACGACUUCGGCAACAGCUGGCAGACAAAAGAAGACGAGGAUGACUCGUGUAGCCAAGGCACCGGGCCCAGCCCAGACUGUGACCCCAAACUGGAGGCCGAGGUGGUGAAGCCAGACAAAUGUGGCAAACUCAAAGACCCUGCUGGACCCUUCAGGGAGUGUAUCGGUGUGGUGAAUCCCACUCCGUUCUUCCAGAGCUGUGUGUAUGACAUGUGCCAGUUCCAAGGCCAGCAGCAUGUGCUGUGUGACCAGCUCCAGGCCUACACCGACGCCUGCCAGAGCGCCGGAGCCAAAGUCCACCCGUGGAGGACUCCAAGCUUCUGUCCCCUGGCCUGUCCUCCCAACAGCUCCUACUCCCUGUGUGUGAGUUCGUGUCCGGAGACGUGUCUGGGUGUGUCCGGACCCCCCGGCUGCGAGGACCUGUGUGUGGAGGGCUGCGAGUGUAAGCCGGGCUUCAUCCUCAGCAACGACAAGUGUGUGUCCCUGAAAGACUGCGGCUGCGUGGACCCCAGUGGAUCCUAUCACCCUGUGGAUGAUAACUGGUACCUGGAGGGUUGUGAGCAGAAGUGUGUGUGUCACAGCGGAGGUUUGAUCCAGUGUCACAACAGCAGCUGUAAGCCGACCACUGAGAGCUGCCAGCUCCACGACGGAGAAUAUGAAUGUCGUCCUCUGGGACCAACUACACCUAAACCUACAACUCCAGGACCAACUACACCUAAACCUACAACUCCAGGACCAACCACAGCCAAGCCACCAAAACCAUGCCCUCCUGAUGCAGAUUAUAUAGAAUGUGGCCCAGCUUGUAUCCCCACCUGUAUGGAACCCUCCACCAACUGUUCUGGCUCCUGUAUCAGUGGCUGCUUCUGCAGACCAGGGUUUGUCUUCAAAGGACGGCACUGUGUGCCAUUGGAGAAAUGUGGCUGUCUGGACGGCCAGAAUAACUAUUAUGAGCCAGGCGAGAUCAUAUUUGGAGAUGGCUGCUCAACGCUGUGUCGCUGUGCAGGGAACUACUCUUUGGAAUGUGUCGAUAACUCCUGUGACCCUACUGAAGAGUGCCGCAAGGUCAAUGGUGUUUCAGGCUGCUAUCCUAAAGGUACCUCCACAUGCGUAGCGACUAGUGAUCCCCACUACACCACUUUUGACAAACGCAACUACAACUUCAUGGGCAACUGCAGCUACUUGAUGUCUGGACCCUGUAAUACAACAACUCUGCCAUUCUUUGAGGUCCAUGCCGACAAUGAAAAUCGCUUUAACACGCCCACCAUCUCCUAUGUGAAGGCCGUACAUGUAUAUGUGCGCAUGUUGAAGAUCUCCAUCCUCAAAGGUGGCACUGUGCAGGUGAAUGGGACCAAUGUAAACGUGCCAGUGUCUCCGGCCCCUGGUGUCUCUGUGUUCAAGUCAGGAAAGUUCUACACUGUAUCCAUGGACUUUGGUGUGACUGUUCGUUACGAUGGAAACCAUUUCAUGGACAUCAAAGUGAUCAAAGACUAUGAGAACCAGCUGUGUGGCCUGUGUGGAGAUUACGAUGGAGAUGCCAAAGAUGACUUCCGUAAACCAGAUGGAUCGUUGACCGACAAUGCCAAUGACUUUGGACACAGCUGGAACACCGAUUCAGAGUGUAAUAAGAAACCCAACACCACCAUCCCUGAGUGUGAUGGAGAGCAAGAACUGUAUGAGAGCUCUGGAUACUGUGGCAUCCUGCUGGACAAAAAGGGUCCCUUCGCUGUGUGCCACCCCAAAGUCAACCCAAAUAAUUACUUCAAGGACUGUGUCUUUGACCUGUGUGCGCUGGAUGGAGCCAAGCCCGUUCUGUGUGAAGCCAUAGAAGCCUACGUCAACGAAUGCCAGGACCGCGGGGUGAACAUCGGACCCUGGAGGAAUAGCACCUUCUGCCCUCUGGACUGCGGCCCAAACAGCCACUAUGAGCCCUGUGCAGACCCCUGUCAGGAGACGUGUACUGGGAAACCUCCCUCCUGCAGUGGGCCCUGCUCUGAAAGCUGUGUGUGUGAUCCUGGCUACGUCCUGAGUGCCGGCAAGUGUGUCAGAAAGAGUUCUUGUGGCUGCAACUACAACGGCCAGUAUUAUGAGCCUGGAGACGAGUUUUAUCAGGCGGACUGUAUGUUGAAGUGUAAGUGCGAUGCUCCCUUCGUUACCUGUGUGGCCUCUGAAUGUCCCCCAAUGCACGAGUGUAAACACCAGGAUGGAGAGCUGGGCUGCUAUCCCACCAGCUCUCAGGACUGUGUGGUGUCUGGAGAUCCUCACUACAACACGUUUGACAAAAAGUUCUACAGCUUCAUGGGAACAUGUACCUACACCCUGGCCAGAACCUGCAAGAACACCACAGGUCCCUGGUUCUCAGUGGAGGGGAAGAAUGAGGAGAGAGGAAUGCCAGGGUUGUCCUACCUGAGAAAGCUCUACGUGACUGUGAAUGGAAUCACUGUGACCCUGAUGAAGGCCAGGAGGACGCUGGUCAACGGACGGCGAGUGUCCCUCCCUCACUCCCCCUCCCCUCUCAUCUCUCUCAGUCUGGCCGGCCAGUACAUCACCCUGCAGACGCCCUUCGGCCUCCGGGUGCGCUGGGAUGGAAACCAUUACGCCCAGAUCUCAGUUCCCAGCUCCUACCACGACCAGAUGUGCGGCCUCUGCGGCGACUACGACGGGAACCCAAACAACGACUUCACCAAGCCAGAUGGCACUCUGGGAGGCAACGUCAACGACUUCGGCAACAGCUGGCAGACAAAAGAAGACGAGGAUGACUCGUGUAGCCAAGGCACCGGGCCCAGCCCAGACUGUGACCCCAAACUGGAGGCUGAGGUGGUGAAGCCAGACAAAUGUGGCAAACUCAAAGACCCUGCUGGACCCUUCAGGGAGUGUAUCGGUGUGGUGAAUCCCACUCCGUUCUUCCAGAGCUGUGUGUAUGACAUGUGCCAGUUCCAAGGCCAGCAGCAUGUGCUGUGUGACCAGCUCCAGGCCUACACCGACGCCUGCCAGAGCGCCGGAGCCAAAGUCCACCCGUGGAGGACUCCAAGCUUCUGUCCCCUGGCCUGUCCUCCCAACAGCUCCUACUCCCUGUGUGUGAGUUCGUGUCCGGAGACGUGUCUGGGUGUGUCCGGACCCCCCGGCUGCGAGGACCUGUGUGUGGAGGGCUGCGAGUGUAAGCCGGGCUUCAUCCUCAGCAACGACAAGUGUGUGUCCCUGAAAGACUGCGGCUGCGUGGACCCCAGUGGAUCCUAUCACCCUGUGGAUGAUAACUGGUACCUGGAGGGUUGUGAGCAGAAGUGUGUGUGUCACAGCGGAGGUUUGAUCCAGUGUCACAACAGCAGCUGUAAGCCGACCACUGAGAGCUGCCAGCUCCACGACGGAGAAUAUGAAUGUCGUCCUCUGGGAAAUGGUAUGUGCUCAGUAUGUGGCGAUCCCCACUACACCACCUUUGACAAACACACCCACCAUUAUAUGGGAGCGUGCUCCUACACCCUGUCCAAACCAUGCAACGCCUCCUCCGGCAUGCCCUACUUCACCGUGGACACCCAGAACGAGCACAGAGGGAGCAGUAAGAAGAUUUCCUACGUCAAGGCCGUGGUGAUCAAUGUGAGCGGUGUGAAGGUCAUCCUCUGCAAGGGUCGCACACUCCAGGUCAAUGGGACGGUGGUUGUUCCCCCCGUCACCUCCAUCAGCGGACUAAAAAUCUACCUGAGCGGCAAGUUUGUUGUCCUGGAGACAUCCUUCGGCCUGAGGGUGCGUUUCGAUGGCAACCACCAUGCUGACGUCACCGUGCCGACCUCCUACAAUGGCCUGCUCUGUGGCAUGUGUGGAAAUUUUAACGGAAACUCCAAAGAUGACAACUUGAAACCAGACAAUAAACCGGCCGCUAACACCAAUGAACUGGGAGACAGCUGGCUGGUUCCUGACCCCCGGCCAGACUGCACCAACGGGGGAGGGGCGGACGACUGUGACAAAAAGGUGGAGGAGGAGGCCAAGAAGCCCACCAGCUGCGGCAUGAUCACCGAUCCCAAUGGUAUCUUUAAGCCGUGCCACUCGGUCGUGCCUCCCGAGCUGUACUUUGGAAACUGUGUGUACGACAUGUGUGCCACCGGUGGUCAGACCGUGGCUCUGUGCCAGGCCAUUGAGAGCUACGCCGACAUGUGUGCUGCUGCCGGAAAACCCAUUGCAUGGAGAAACAACACCUUCUGUCCUCUUAAGUGCCCCCCUGGCAGUCAGUACAACCCGUGCGGCCCCGCCUGCUCCCAGCCCAGCUGUCAGGACCCCGUGAGCCCCGGCGGCUCCUGCAACCAGCCCUGUGUGGAGGGAUGCGUCUGCAACCCUGGCUUGGUCCUCAGCGGAGACAAAUGCGUCCCGCUCAGCGAGUGCGGAUGUACCGACCGAGAUGGACACUACAGGCCGGUGGGAGAUAGUUGGUUCACAGAGAAGGACUGCUCCGAGCGCUGCAAGUGUAACGGCAACAAAAACAUCACCUGCGAGCCGUGGCAGUGCAGCCCGGCCCAGGAGUGUAAAGUUGUAGAAGGAGUGCUGGAUUGCCAUUCUACAGGGAAAGGAGUGUGCCACGUGGCUGGAGAUCCUCACUACUACACCUUUGAUGGUGUGAUGCACACGUACAUGGGCACGUGCACUUACACUCUGGUGGAGGUGUGUAACACCACCAAGGUAACUCCCUUCAAGAUCGUGGCUAAAAACGAGGAGCGCGGUCAGCCAGAGGCCUCCUAUGUCCGCUCUGUCACAGUCUACCUUCCUCAUGAUACUGUGGUUGAGCUGCAGAAGAGCCGCAGAGUUCUGCUGAAUGAGCGGCGGGUGCGAACCCCGGUUUCCGUUGACGUGGCCGGAGCCAAGGUGAUAACCAGCGGAUCCUACAGUCUGCUGGACACAAACUUUGGUCUGCAGGUCAAGUUUGACGGAGUCCAUCACCUGGAGAUUACUGUUCCUGGAGAAUACUAUAACAAGCUGUGCGGAAUGUGUGGGAACUACAACCACAACUCCUCCGAUGACAACCUGAUGCCCAACAAGAAGCCAGCCAAGGAUGUGAUUGAACUGGGCAACAGCUGGAAAUCAGACGGAGACAGUGAUCCUGGCUGUCAGCCAGACACCCGUCCAGACGUCCACCCCAACUGCACGGCAGAGGAGGAGAAGCGGUUCGAGGCUCAGUGUGCCGAGGUCAUCCUCUCCGACCGCUUCAAGCCCUGCCACUCCUUCGUGCCCCCCGAGGCCUUCCUGGGUAACUGCGUCUACGACAUGUGCGAGUACGACGGCAUGCAGGCCACUCUCUGUGACAACGUGGAGGCCUACGCUCAGGCCUGUCAGAGUGCCGGAGUCACCAUCAGCUGGAGGAACAACACAUUCUGUCCCAUGCCCUGCCCUCCCAAAAGCCACUACUCUGACUGCACCGCCCCCUGCCCCCCCACCUGCUCCGACCUCUUCCCCAUCUUCUGCCACCUCCCCCCAACCACCUGUGUGGAGGGCUGCCAGUGUGACGCCGGCUUCGUCCUCAGCGACAACGUGUGCGUUCCUCUGGACAAAUGUGGCUGUGUGGACUCAGAUGGAGAGUACCAUGAUGUGGGAGACUCGUGGCUGACAAAUAGAUGUACCGACAGGUGUACCUGUAACCUCGGCGGCAAAAUCACGUGUAAGGACCACAGCUGUAACUCCAACUCAGUGUGUGGCCUGGACAAGAAUGGAGACCUGAUCUGCAAACCCACCAAGUUUGACAAGUGCAGCAUCCAAGGGGAUCCUCACCACCGAACAUUUGAUGGUUUCACCCAUCACUUCCAAGGCGCCUACACCUACGUCCUGACUCAGAGCUACGACAAGGACAACUCCCUGACUCCGCUGGUGGUGAGGGGGAAGAACAUCAGGCGCGGGGGGAACCAGAGGAUCUCCCUCCUGGAUCAGAUGUACAUCGACGUUUAUGGUUUCAACGUUCGCUUCCUGCAGAAGAAGCAAGUCCUGGUGAAUGGGGAGCGUGUGGCCCCCCCUCUAAAUCCAGUUGCCGGUUUGACCAUCACGAUGAACUCCAUGCAAGUCCAGCUCACCACUGACUUUGGACUCACGGUUCGCUUUGACGGCAACUACCGCGGAGAGAUCAUACUGCCCAGCACCUAUAAGAACUCUGUCAGAGGGCUGUGCGGAAACUAUGACGGCGUCACCAGAAACGAGUACAUUAAGCCUGACGGAACGCUGGUCCGGGACCUGAACACGUUCGGAGAAAGCUGGAGGGUCAGUGAGCGGCAGGCGGGCGGACUGAGAACCUCCGACCUUCCUCACACAGUCCACAGGCGCGAGGCGGAGACUGAUCUGGAUUCAGGAUUUGAGACAUCGGACUGCUCCCAGUCUCAGCUCAAUAACUACCUCAGUGUGGCUAAGUGUGGAGCGCUGUCUCACUCCGAGGGGCCGUUUGCUGCCUGCCACAAAGCCCUGGAACCUCAAACCUACCAGGAUGACUGUGUGUUUGACCUGUGUGCUGAGGAUGGCAGUGCAGUGCUGCUUUGUGCCAGUUAUGAAGCGUACGCUGCAGCGUGUCAAGAGGCCGGAGUCAAACUGGAGCCCUGGAGGCAGCAGCUGGGCUGUGUCCUGUCCUGUGACGCCAACAGCACCUACUCCCCCUGCAUGUCCCCUUGCCCCGCCUCCUGCGCCGACCUGGCAGCACCCUCCGAGUGUGACAUCACUUCCUGCAUGGAGGGCUGCCAGUGUGCCGCCGGCUUCGUCAUGAGCGGGGGAAGCUGCGUGCCGUACACGCAGUGUGGCUGCACCUUCCUCAGCAGAUACUACACUCUGAACGAGAAGUUUGUGACCGAGGACUGUUCCCAGGCCUGUGAAUGCACCAGCCUGGGCGCCGUGUGCCAGCCCAAGACCUGCCAGAGCGGAGACGUCUGCACCGUCUACAACUUCAAACGGGACUGCUACAGAGCGAGCCCUUGCCUCAGCUACCCCUGUCAGAACGGAGGAACAUGCCAGGAGGCCAGCAACCGCACAUACACCUGUCAGUGUGCAGAGGGCUUCGAGGGCUCCAACUGCGAGGUGGAGAAAACACCAAGCGGAGGACUGGAAACCAAGUGGAUCAUCCUGAUCGCGGUCCUGGCCGCUGUCGCCGUCAUCGCCAUCGUGACCGCCAUCGCGUGCGCUUGCAGACAGAGAUCCAAGUCACAAGUUUAUGUAAUUCACAAGCAGCAGUCGUCUCACAGUGGGAAAAACAAGCACAAGAAGGAGAUCAGCCUGACGGCAACAAGUGUCCCAUAUAAAAACAUAGAUGACCAAAGGAAUGAAAAAGUGACUCCUAUGUGAUGACAAAGUGUGUAACCUGAAUGUAACAAACGCCUGCUGUAUGAGGCCAACAUUAACAAUAUGUUCUGAAGCAUAUUCAGCCGGCCUCCAAAGAAUAACUCUGUCAGAAAUGAAGGAAGUCUUGUGAGAGUUGUGAAUAUUAUAGAUAUUGUUCAUAUGCCCAUGUUUUGCUACUUGUGCUUUUGAAGAUGUCAUUUUAAUGUGCGUUUCAUUAACAGAGAAGUGGAAAUCUCUCUGUGUGCCUUUUUAAGUGUAUUUUUGGAAUGAAAUGCGUGCAAAAAAAAAAGUGUCUUUGUUAAAAUGUUAAAAAGUGUUUUUAAUUCUUACAGAUUACAGAGAUUUUGACCAUUCCCAUGCACCUAUAUGCUCAAGACAAGACAAUCUAUUUAUUUAGUUUAGAUUAAUCCCAUACUUUUUCAUCUCUAAUUUGCAUCCAUCAAAUAUUUUGUAUCACAGAGCCCCAAAAUGUUCCAGAACAUUUCCAUCUCGCCUUUCAUCCAAUACUCUGAAGUGCAGUAAAAAAUAAA